ACGACAGAGGAAUGCAGGAGGCAUGAUAUUGUCGAGGGGAAACAGGUCCUCGUCACAAACAUCCCGCGCUGAAGAUCCGGGUCGCAGUUUGCGCCGCACACAUACCCAGGCAAAAGUCGUUUCCAGCACGAAGGGUGGCCAGUUACACUCGGGUGCUUUCGCAACGUUUGAGUGAGCAACUGUAACAGUGAAUGCCUCAACAGACUGCAGUGCAGAAAGUGUGUUUAUGCUUUUGUCGGAGGCGUGGAAGGCCCCGCCAGUGCCGGGGUAUCGCGCUCGUACCCGUGAAUCGAUGAACGUUGCUACCAACCGGGCCACCUCUGCGCUGGAAAAGUUCUCGCUCGAAGCAAGGUCUCCCUGACCUUUAGGGGCAAGGAAGGAAAGUGGGUGGGGAAGCCGGGAUACGUUUGUUGCUGUGUAAAACAUUAUCAGGUACGAAGGAUUGAGAAACGAAGCUUCUUUCGCCGACUGAAGCGGCAGAGGAAUGUACUGACGGGCGUUGCCCGUUACAACAGUUGGUCUGAGCCUCGUAGUGACCGUGCGCAGCGCCGAGCGGGCGGCAGGUCAAGUCAACUGCAGCCUCGAUUUGAAUCGCAACAGCUGCUCGUGUCGUUUGGUUUGUAGGAUAUCUGUCACUGUUUUGCAGACGACCAAGAGGGGUGGUGGUAGCGACUGUGUUUGCUGAUCGGGGUGGAAUUGUUGUGCCAGUUCUAAAGCGCUGCUUCCAAACACACUGCAGCUGUGUGCAGCAGACGACAUGUGAGGCCGCGCGACGGCUGCACUGCGGCGGACUAUGGCUAGUAAGCUGUCUGUGUGCGUGAUGUCCACGUUGUAUUUAAUGAGAAGACGCUGUCUGGAGCUGGUCAUCGCCGGCUCGUGGGUGACGCUGCUGAUGUUUCUGGUGUGGACCCUGGCCAACCAGCACAAUCCAGCUUUUUCCUUGCAAACCCGGACCAUCCAGGACGAGGAACGCAAGCGUCAGGGCCACCCGGUCGUGCGAGCCAUGUACCCGUUGCCAUUCCGGCCCAACAGGUCCAAGGGCCCCAAACCCAAAGCAGUCGAUGCACAUUUCAACAUCUCGAAGGGGAAGAACAAGAUACUCACUUUGGGGAACGCUAAGGUUUUGGUGACCCGUGGGAAAGAGUCGCCGCGCCACGUGGCAACGACUACAGCAAGCCCACGUGGUAGAGGUGGGGAGAGGAAGGCGGUUCAGCACAUGCGCACUACUGCUUCUCUCGUGGAUCGGGAACGCAAGCCGGCCAAGGGAUCCAAAAAUUUCAGGAAGGACCCUAAAGUGCCGGACCAUCCUAGUAAGAGGGGCGUUCAAUCCAACCCUGCCAGACCCCACCGGGAGAGAAAGGUUGCAGUUUGACUUGUCGAGUGCUGUGUCGUGCCGAGGGAGGGUGUCAAGGUGGGGACUCUUGAUGUGACUUGGAUUCAGUUUCACAGACACACGCACGCACGCGUACACACACAGGUCGACGUAUCACUUCAUCACUUUAACAUUUCAAUGUAUCUACUCCACACAUUCCUGACUCGUAAAGUGUGUCUCGUGCUCUCAAGGACUUGUGGCACUGUGCUUAUUUAUGCUGCUGCUCUGUACACCAAUAAGGUGCCUGUACGGAUGUAAACAACCUCUAUUCCUGGUGUCAUGAAGUGGUCUGCAUAGGUUUGGCAAGUGUAACCACUUCACAGACACUUGUGACUAAAUUUGCUGACCACGCUUUCCGCUAACGACAAAUGAGUGCAUGCUGUUUCCAGAUGUAUCUAUGGUGGACCGGCCAUCAAUUAAUUCAGUAUGCCCACUUGCACUUUGCCUUCUGGAGAUUUUUAAAGUAAAAAAUCUGACAGUGCUCUCUCUCUCACUCUCUCUCUCUCUCUCACACACACACACACACGCACACACCUACACAUUUUUUGGCUGCACACUGCCUGACUUUAAUGUACAUGAUUAAUAACUUAUAAAAAAAAUAGGAAAGCAACAGUGAAAUAAUAAAAAUGUUUCUAUUGAACGCUCUGAUCCCUGUGAUAUGAAAACAUCGAUCCUUUUUCCCUGACUAAAUUUUUUUAAUGGUUUUUGAAAUGCGUUUUCUUUGUGAUGGUUUGUUAGCUAACAGACAACUGUGUUGGUUUACAGAUGGGUUAAAUGAACCAGGAUAUAUUUGGGAUAAUGUGGCGGCUUAGCGAACUGAGCUACACAUUUUUGGGUUUCCAGUCUAACAGACAUUGGUUUGCUGUUAUCGGAGUUCUACCGAGUGCACUUGUCGGAGGCAAUAAUCUAGCUUCCAGACAAAUAUGUGGGCUUUGACAUUGGUUUGUUUAGUGGCAGAUUACCCAGCACACAGACAGCUGGGUGUACGUGUGGCAGUUUAUCGAAUGUGAAGAUUGGAGCUUAUUAACAGUUUGCCAGGCAUAAAAGUUCCUUCUGAAACAUAACUCAUACUGCUACAAUUCUACAUCCUCUGAGAUGCUGGUUAUUUUAUGAGCUUCGCGUGAUCCACUUGCCCGACAUUGUCAGAUACCCGACAACAUGUCUCCUGUUAAAAAGUACAGUUCAAUCAGUGUAUUGUUUACUCCGUAGAGGAACAAGAAACUCUCAACUGUAAAAAAAAAACCUAAUAGGUAUAAGUGAGGUUUUGUGGCAAUGUAUAGGGCCUGAGGCCUUGGGCUUUAUUCUCUCUGGAGGCUGAUUGCUCUAUGAGAGUAGUAUUGUACUCUGGGGCUGUGCGGGGUUAAUAUAUUGGGGUCUAGUUCAGAGCUGUUUGCUGACACAGUAGCACAUUGGGAGUUUGUAAAUAUGUCAUUGUUGAGAGAAAGAGCUAAGGGUGUUUUGCCAAAGGGUACUUCCUGCUGUUGUGACUGGUUUCCUGUCUCAGACAAAAACACUUAGUAGACUACGGUUGUGAUACGCUGUUUGUUGUUUUGGAGAAAGAAGGGUACAAUCUAACACAGUAUGACUAUAUGUAUAUAUUUGUGUGUGUGUGACUUAAUUACUGUAGCAUUUUGCUGAACUAAAUGCGUGGGGAUAUUUUUAAUGGGAUGGAUAACUGGUUGAUAACCAUCAAACAUUAUUGUGACGGUGUGCCACGCAAGUGUAAUCCGAGAGCUCGUCGAGUUGUUGCCACAUGUUUGUUCCCAGUUUGUCGUGGUAAAAAAAAAAAAUGUGAGAUCCUUGGGUGUCUCUAAUGCUUUUUUCUCAGGAAAGAGACUUGGAUAGAGUUACAUUAUGAUGUUUGGCAAACUAAUAAAAUGAUCAUGUUUUUUAA